UGGGUCCUCGGUUUUGCGCCGCCCGUGGCCGAGGGACCGGGAGCCGCGUGUUCCUGCGCGUUUGCGCCGUGCGCCGGGAGCAGCCCCGCAGGUUCGGAAGCCGCCGCUGCGCGCAGCCCGCGCCCGCCUGCGCCCGCCAGCCAUGCUUCGGCUCUCGGCGGCAGCGGCCGCGCUCCUGGUGUCUCUGGCCGUAACUUUGCAGGAUGGCGGUCAAAUGAGUGCCAAGGCUUUUCCAGAAAUCAGAGGCCAUCUUCAGCCCACGACAGCGGCAACAAUACAGGCCAGAGCACAACCUUCUCUCCAGCAGCCAACUCGCCAAAUGCCUCGCAACACUUCGCCAGCAAGUUCAACAGAUGGGCUCAUCACUUCUCCAAUGAUGGCCACUGGCAGCGCCUCUGAGAACUCAACAACACACACAGUAGAAAUCCCAACUACCCCAGCAACUACCAAAAGUACCCCAUCCACCAUCCCAACUGCUAUCUAUACCCUCAUCACAACUCAGGCCACACCCAACAACUCACACACAGCUGCUCCAGUCACAGAGGCUACAAUUGGUCCCAGCUUAGCCACUCAUUCCCAGCUACCCACCACCAUCCCACAAGGCCAUACAACCAGAAGCAGUCCAUCAACUGUCAGCCACACACCUGGGAAAACCACCCAACCCAGUAAGCAGACCACUGUUGUGACAACUCGGACCACAGCACCACACAGAAACACAACCAGUCAGAAGUCUAUCCAGCCCUCCCAGGCCCCAGGAACAGCUACAACGGCACACAAUGACACCCGGACCACUUCCCCUGCCUAUACACUUAGUGGGCCCACCCUUGCACCUCAGCCUUCGUCAGCCAAGACUGGAAUUUAUCAAGUUCUAAAUGGAAGCAGACUCUGUAUAAAAGCAGAGAUGGGGUUAGAGCUUAUGGUUCAAGACAAGGAGUCGGUUUUUUCACCUCAGAGAUACUUCAACAUUGACCCCAACACAACCCAAGCUUCUGGGAACUGUGGCUGCCGAAAAUCCAACCUUCUCUUGAGUUUCCAGCGUGGAUUUGUGAAUCUGACAUUUACCAGGGAUGAAAAAUCAUAUUACAUCAGUGAAGUGGGAGCCCUUUUGAUGGUCUCAAAUCCAGAGAAAACGUACCAAGGGAAGAAGAGUGCUAUGGCGUUCAAGACACUGAUUGGACAUUCCUUCAAGUGUGUGAGCGAACAGAGCCUCCAGCUGUCGCAUCUGCUUCAGCUGAGAACCACCAAUGUCCAACUCCAGGCCUUCGAUUUUGAAGGGGACCGCUUUGGAAAUGUGGAUGAGUGUUCGUCUGACUACACAGUUGUGCUGCCCGUCAUUGGGGCCGUCGUGGUGGGUCUCUGCCUUGUGGGUAUGGGUGUCUAUAGAAUCCGCCUAAAGUGCCAAGCAUCCGGAUACCAGAGGAUCUAAUUGGUGCCCAGGGGAGAUGAAAAUCCUGGCGUUUGGAGGAUUCUCUCAUCGUGUCCAGAAUGGUGGGGGCUUCUCUGAGAGUGUGGGUCCCCCAGAACAUGUAGACUCCGAUCUGCCGCUGAAACCAAUGAGCCAUUUGUUAUCGAAGUUCACACGGCACAUCAGCGAUGUCCAGUUUGGGGUUUUUGCUCAUUUUGUGAAAGAUUUCACGAGCUCUUUAAGAGGAUUUUCCAGUUUCCUUCAGCUUAGUUUAACCCAAGUCCACAUGUGACAUAUGUUGAAUUGACAGCAUGUAUGUGAAGUGGCGUGUGCUUCCAAAUAAUGUCCCGAAGUGUCCAUUUUAAUUAAUCUGCAUGAGAGUUUUAUUUUCCCUUUGAUCCUUUCCACUUCAAAAUGUCUUCUCUGUGUCUGUCAGUUGGCCUUCGGUGCUUUUGCUGUGUUUUAUGUGACGCACAUACGAUUCUGAGAUACUUACCUCCUUCACCACUUUGAAUGUGUUUUCUUUUUUAAAAAAUUUGUCAAAAAGAAUAACAUAACUCAGGUUGUGUAGGUUUUAAUAUGAAACUAACAAGGGGACCAGAUCAGCUUCUGUUUCUUCGUGUGAUGCCUCCUGUUCAAGAUAAGAAUUCAGUGGCUACAGAUAUCAGAAGUGAGUCGUAAGCAAGAAACUAGCAUUAUAGCCCUUAAUUACUGAACACAUGUCCCAGACACUAGGCUAAGCAGCAUAUAUAUAUAUGCAUAUAUAUAUACAUAUAUAUAUAUCUUAUUUAAUUCUCACAACUUACAGAUGUGUGAACUUAGGCCUCAGGGAGUGAAACCACUUAAACAUCACCCACCUAACAGGUGGCAGAGCCAGAGCAGAGCUCAUGCUGGUCUGGUCCCAAGGUCUUUGGUCUUUUCAGCAUACUGAGUUGACUGCAGGAGCAAUGGCACUAAGCACUUCCUGAAGCCACAGCCCAGCAUUUGCCCCAUUUUCACAGCGGACAUGGAUUUAUCCAGAGCCCUAAGACGUUGGCAUAGAUCAAAGGAGCGCUUUGCAGGUGGUGAAACAGCCUUUCUUUAGUAAGUCCUCCACUCCCGUGAGGGACCCAGAGAAGGCUCUGCAGCACCUAAGCCAUGUUCUCAUUUCUAUGGGCUUGCUUAGCUGUGGCUUUAAAGAUGAAACAAUGGAGAAAACGUCUCGAAAUAUUUCAGUUAGUGCCUUCAAAAAACAGAAAUCUGUUACAUUUCUUUCUUGAAAGAAGCACCCUCUGCGCGCGCCACCUUGUGGUCGUGUGCUGCUCCUGCACAUUUAUAUCCCUAAGUUCUGAUGCCGUUUAGGUCAUUCCCCACAGCAGCCUGACAGGAAUUUUGGCCCUGCUGGGUUUUGCUGCUAAAGAAAGGAACUCAAGUCAAAAUUUCAGCAGAAAAGACCAGGUAACACUAGACUUCUUCAGUAAAGGAAUAAUUCACGUCAACCUGGAGGACAGACUGACUUCCCUGAGGCGUUCCCCUAUGAGGCAAUAGGGUUGGGGAGGUCCUGGCUUUAGUUUUCAUAGACUAUGAACUGUACAAAAGUGUUUGUAAUAAAAAUGUUGUGGAGAUUCGUUCAUGUCA